AUGGAUAAUCAAAUUUCUAAACUUCGACGUGGUCGUGACACAUAUCAAAUAUCUGAAAUACAAGAGAUGGUACGUGGUAAAAAGUUCAGAGAGUCGAUUAAACGAACAAGUGACAAUACUGAAGAAGCUAAAGUGAAAUCAUCAAAACCAUUACUAGGUGGUUUAAUACACUCCAUUCAGAAAAAAGCAACAACUCCUUCCAAAAUUGCUAGAAGUGAUUCAAUCAAAUCUUUGAAGCCUAGUAAUAGUAUUGAUAGCAGUGAUUCAACCAAUCCACCAACGGUUACUCCAUGUACUAGUACUAUAGUGUGUGAAGAAGUGGUAGACUACACUACUGAUCAAACGCUAAUUAGUAGUAGUACAGCAUCACAGCAUAUAAAUUCGUCACAACUACCACUUCAGUCAACAAGUCGAACUAUAAAAACAACACUAGAAGAAAUAAAAGAUGGUAAUAAUUAUACUACUCCAAAAAGUUCAGCUGAAACAAGACAUCCAGAUAACAAGAAGUCAUCUUUAAAAGAUAAUAUUUCAGACAGAAUAGUGGUGGAAAACCAACAAACUGGAACACUGACAACACAUCCUGAUGCAUGUCGUUCAACUGAUAAGGAGGUUAGACAUCGUAAAAAAGGCGAUAAACAGAAAACAGAGUAUCAUUCUCCGCAGUUGCAGGAUCAGCGUAGUGAUUUUGUUUGAAUUCAAAGAUGAUAUCUACAGAAAGGAAUGGUUGAAAG